UCUAAUUUUUUUUCACAAGAAUUUGAUUGUUCGUAUAAAGAACUUGUUGAACCUUAUGAUUCUUCACAAAAGCUUGAUAAUGCUUUACAAGAAUUUAAUGAUUUUUUACAAAGAUCUGAUGAUUCUUUACAAGAGCUUGAUGAUUCUUUGAAAGAACUCAAUUCCUUACAAAAAUUUAAUAAUUAUUUACAAGAACUUGGUGAUUAUCCUAAUGAUUCU